GCUGGCACUUGAACACGUGGGUGCCCAAUAUUUCCCGAAGAGAAAGAGGCGAAGCAGAGAAAGCGCACAUAAGUUCGUCAAGACGAAGUGUUCCAAAAGACAACGAAGAACGCCGUGCGGCCUACUCUACACUAAAUAGAGCAACAUUCAAGACCAAGAAGCUUAAGACUCCUAAAGAAGUCCCUGCUUCCAAUAAAAAGGCCUUCGACGACUGGGAUGCUGGAAGAGAAGUUGACGGUCGGGAAGUCAAGAAACAUUCAGUUUCUUGGUGAUAUCGAAACGAAGCAGUCUCUGGCACCUAGUACAUCCGAGCACGCACAAGAGGCCAAAAUAUGUCUUCAAAAGCCCUUGGAUCCGCCUGAAGAACCCCAGUGAAAGUUUCAAUCUUCGCACCUCACGAGGAGUUCUCGCUUGGUUUCAAUGACAAUGAGAGGAGUUCAGAUUAAGUCGAACCUAACUUGAGUGGUGCUCCAGAAAGACGAUGGUGACUUGGUGGCGAGAGACUGAUGACCAAUUGUUAGGCUUCCUUCAAGAUCCCUUGGGGCUGAGCUCUCGCAAUGACUCGUCCCUUGAGUAUAUGGAUCAAGUUCAGUGGACAUCAAUGGCCAACUUUUACAAUAACUCCGACCUGGAUCCAGGCCCGAUCGGCCUUCUUCCCAUUCAUCAUCAGAACUUUUCGUCCAUAAUUCGUUCGGUUGUAUCACGAAAUUCGAACGUGACGUUUCGAUAUUACGAUUACAACAUUACCAAUCACACGGAUGAGGAAGUCUUGCUUGAAGAGUCGGGGGGGUUCCAACCCGCUCCGCAGCGUUGUCCCGGAACUUUUGGGGCGACAACCGAGGAUCUGGAACAAGUGAAAGUGGUCGGAUUCUUAUUGGAUGUCAUUUGCCAGAGCCUGAUUGGAGUCCUAGGUAUGGUGGGAAAUCUGCUAGCCAUCUACAUUCUCGUCAAAGGGAAGAAGUUGCAAAGCAACUUCAACAAGAUCUUAACUUGUCUCUUGGCCGUCCACAGCAUUUACAUUCUGAACUCACUAACCCUUGAGGUAUACAAGAAAACAGGCGGAAUCACUUUCGACAUCAUCUUCUCCAAUAUUCUUUAUCCGUGUAAGCCCAUGCUUCUGUACACAUCCACUCUUCUCACCAUGUUCCUUACGCGUGAGAGAUACUUGGCCAUUCGAUACCCGAUCGAAUACCGAAAUGCGGCGAUUCUUGGGAACCGAUGGAGAAACGCAUGUUCACACUUGGGGUUAUGUGUGGCAUUAUCAGCAGCAUUUGUGGUUCCUCUCGUCUUCGAAUCCGAGGUGAAAAUUACCCAAAUCAGAUCAGUCAAGAUCUUCAAUGAAACCCACUCGCUGGAGCGCAUUACGCAUCAUCACGAGGUUCGAGUCACGGAUCUUCGAGUGGAUCGAAAUUACGUCUUCUGGUACAAGAAUAUUGCUACCUUCACCUUCACCGUGGCAAUACCUUUGGGAUUUCUAAUCUUUUGGAACAGCCACACCAUCCUUUUUAUGAGAAGGCGUCUCAUUGAAGGCGCCGGAAAUACCAUCAACCAUACCACCACCACUAAUACUGCUACCACCACCAACACCACCAACACCACUACCACGUCCAUUCACAAUCAGCCUUUCCAGACCUUGAAGACAGAGGAAGCCAACAAGAUCAGGAUUCUCUUCGUAAUCCUGCUUCUGUUCUUCGUUUGUAAUACCCUGAGGUUCUUCCUCAUUUUUGAGGAAUGUGUGGCUAACCGCGACCACAAAUUCGCUGAGGAACACCAUUGCGUGGCCAUUCCGUUCUGGGUGCUCAUCAUCAAUCGAGUGUCGCAACUUUUUCUCACUAUCAAUGCGAGCCUUGGAGCAUUCGUCUACUGUGUUAUGUCCAUUGAGUUCCGCAUAGAAGUCAUUCAUCAAAUCAAAUGCAUACGAGGGUGGAUUAGGACGCCCAGGACAAGUGAUGAUUCGUUUAAUCUAUCGUCCACAGAGGGUGCAAUGCCUCGAAGCAAGCCAUUUGAUCCGCCAAACAUAGUGACUCCUCAAUUAGGGGAAUUUCAAAACCCGAAAGGCCGCCUGAGAACCUUCCAUCAAGGCAACAACUCUUUAUUUUUCGAGAAUCGGUGCUCGUCAGUCAAGAUCAAAGGAAAGGCCAACGGUGAUCCAUCAAUAUCUGAAGAAUCAAUUCCCUGCGUCUUAGAAAUGAAUCACUACUGUUCAGAGCCCAAAUUUGGAAGAACCUUUCGAAGUGAAGCUCAAGGAGUUGCUCAUGUUUAAACAUCUACAAAAAAGCAUUCCCAAAUAAAAUUGAAUUCUAUCACUUUGGAGUUAGAUCGAAUUAAAAGCAUGCCGAAGUGUAGCACAAAACAAUGAGGAAACUACGCCCUCAUUUAAGUUUGAAUUGCACUGACACGUUAAGUGCAUGAGUUACAAUGAUAAUAUCAACAGCAACUGGCCGUGCCAUCAGUAGCUAUUCCCCUUUUUCACCUUUUCUUAUAGUGUAAAACACAUUCGUUCCAAAUUAUCAGAAACAUAUGUAUCAUGUUC